AUGGCUUCAGCAUCCUCAAUCAUUUCGGAGCUUCGAAAGAAACCAGCUAGCGAGCAAGCAGCGCUUCUCAUUGCAGCCGCUGUCUUUGCUGCUUUCCUACGACUCAUUGUGAUUGUCACAUUUGGUAGUUUGCGACACCUACCAGGGCCCUUUUCCUCACGGCUGACGGGGCUGCCACUCAGCAUUGCUGCCUUCAAGGGCCGACGAGCGCAAUGGCUAUAUGAACUGCAUAAGCAGUAUGGUCCUGUGAUUCGAAUCGCACCCGGUGAGGCAUCGGUGGCAGAUCCAAAGCACUAUCGAACCAUAUACUCAAACCCAAAGACCAGUCACAAAGACCCGAGCUUUUACGGUGCUGCCAGUUUCACAGGCCUUGACAAUAUAUUCCAGAUGGUCAAUCGAGAGCAGCACGCGGCGCGCAGGAAGCUUGUGGCGGCGCCGUACUCCCUGCAGUCAAUGCACAAACUGGAGCACAUUAUACGGAAUAAAGCUCAGCUUCUAACAGAUCGCUUGCUCGCCGACGCGACUACUUCGCGGCAUGGGACGGUGGACGCGUACGAGCUUUUUGCCCUGUUCAGCUUCGAGGUGGUUUGUGCCGCGGGAUUUGCCAAAGAUUUUAGCACUCGCACCGACGCGCUGUCCGUCCUCAAGGCCAUGGAAACGAGCGGUCCCAGAUUCAUUUUCAACUCUAUUUUCCCGCCUCUGAAAGAUGCCAGUUGGAAUACCAAGGUACCAGGCCGCAUAGGGGCAGUAUACAGUGCGCAUAAUUACUGGUAUGAGUGCAGCCGUCAGAUGGUGCGAGAGUACAUGGACCGAAAAGACUCCGAGGACAUCCAAGAUUACCUCCUGGCACCUUUUAGGGACGGAGUCGACGGGUGGCUGAGACGCCAACUCAGCGAGGCGGAGUUCGUUGAGGAGGCCAUGGGCAUCAUGCUAGCUGGAAGCGGCACCACGUCAUCCACUCUGACAUAUCUGUUCUACGCCAUCUCCUUGCCUCAGCAUCAACACAUCCAGGAGCGUCUACGGCAAGAGGUCAUCGCAGAAUCUGACCCGGAUGACCUGUCUGUACUGCGUGGGGCACCGUAUCUCAAUGCCGUCAUCAAGGAGACUUUGCGCCUGUACCCGACCAUAAUCUCGACGCUGCCUCGCAUACUCGACCAGCCUGUCCACAUCGACGGCUUGCAGCUUCCUCCUGGUGUCACAGUAGGAAUGCAAAACUACGUCCACCACAGGAAUCCUCUCAUUUUCCCAGACCCGGAAGCUUUCAUACCGGAAAGAUGGCUAGGAGGCACGAAUAACGAAGACAUGGACGCUGCUUUGACUCCCUUCAGUCUAGGACGCCGGAAUUGUAUCGGUCAGAAUUUAGCAUGGUGUGAGCUGCAUGUUGUGGUUAGCAAGGUGGUGCGGACUGCUCGUCUGUCUUUCUCCGCUGAGAUGAGUGACAACGACAUGGAGAUGGAUGACCAAUUUACCGUUGCUCCGAGAGGGGGAAAACUGAUGCUUGAAGUAACUCCCUUGUGA